AUGCCUCAGCAAAUCACUCAUCCGUGCGAUCGUAAAAACCAUGUAUUGUCUCUGCUGCCAACCCCAAUAUACUCGGAUGGGGCGUUCAGUUGUGAUGCAUGCAUGAAGCACGGAAAUGGCUUUGCCUACCAUUGUGGAGCUUGCAACAUUGACCUCCACACAGCUUGUGCUUCAAUGCCAUUGCUUCUCACUCACCAAUCUCACCCUCAUCACCAACUCAACCUCACAUUUUCAUUUCGUGCUGCAAGUUUUAACCACACCUUCAUAUGUGAUAUCUGCAACGGAGUGGGCCACAAAGAGUGGCUCUAUUCGUGUAGUCUGUGUGGUUUUACGGCUCAUUUGGGCGGCGCCACGGCAAAACCAACAUCUCCUCCAGUUCAACAAACUCAAGCAGCGCAUGCGCAAGCUGCUGCUGCUGUUGGAACCCAGUAUUUCCCAACAAGUGCUAGUACUCGUCAGUUUCAAAACUAUGCGCCAAAUAUGAAUAAUAGUACUGGGCUGCUGGGAAAUGCUAUUUUCAACCAAGCACUUCAAAGUCAGACACGGAUGAUGCAGCAUAUACUCGGUGGCGCUGGAUUUGGUGAUUCGUUUAAUAAGGGUUUGGAGAAUCAGGUACAGCUUAUUCAACGAAUAGCCAGUGGUGGCAGUGGACCCAAUCCAGGUUUGGGAAAGCAGGCACAGCUUAUUCCACAAAUAACCAGUGGCGGUGCAUUUGGUGGUUCCUCUGGUCAGGGUCUAGGAGAUCAGACACAGCUGAUUCAACAAAUACUCGGCGGCGGUGGAUUUGGUGGCAAUGGUUUCGGUGUUGAUACGAAUAUUACUGAUUUCGGAAGCAGCACUGCUGGUGCUAGUAUUGAUCUCUCGUCAUUAGGAUCCAUUGACUUUUUUAGCGGUCUCGGCUUCUUUUGA